AUGGCAGAUUGGUCGCUCCUUCCCACAGACUUACUAGAACAAAUUGUUGGUCGUUUUGCGACAUCUUUCGAGAUUGUCCUCUUCCGAUCUGUCUGCAGGUCAUGGCGAUCCAUUGUUCCUUCGCCGCGUGAUUCUCACUGCUUAGGCAUCAAAACUCAUAUCCCAAUGUUCGUCAAAAAGCGCUACUUCUGCAAUGAUGAGUAUUGUACACUUAAGAAAAUCCCAAUAUAUCUCGUGAGAUUCAACAGUCCCUUUGGUGAUGAUUAUUUAUUGGCAAAGAUACAUGAAAGAAAGAUCGGGAAACCGAUGUCCUUGUCGUCGCCAUUAGUAAGCUAUGGUGGUUUCACACCAAAAGAAACUCUAGUAUCGUUGUUUAACUCUCUUACCAGUCGAAUUGUCCCUUUGUGUUAUCACUACCAGAUAAACUUAAGGUUGGGGUACUGGCAAGGUGUGCGUUACGGAUUUGAAUGGAAAAGUUGUUCCGAAAAAGUCGAAUAUCUUGAACUGAAUACUGAUGAUUGCAGAAAUUUCACAUUGCUAGCUGAUAUAGAAGGCGAUAUGAUGAUAUUUAGCAGCCUCAAGAUGAGAUGGACGAAAAUUUUGGUCUCUCCUGAGAAAUGUCGAGAUAUGGUUUCAUUCAAAGGAAAGUUUUACGUGGUUGAUACAAGUGGGUGGGGACAUGUCUUUGUAAUCGAACCCUCUUUGGAAGUUUCUGAGAUCCCAUCGGUCACACGGUCGACUCACAAGUCUACGAAAGAGGCUCUAGUGAAGUCGGGAGAAGAGUUGUUGCUAGUGCAACGGUUCACACCAGGUCAAGAGUCUCAUCCUGAACAUAUGUAUACAUGGUUUAGAGUCUUUAGGCUGGAUGAAGAAGGUGGGAGUAGGAAGUGGGUUCAAGUCAUCGACUUGAAGGACCGAGUGAUAUUUCUUGGAGCUCGGACGAAUCUCUGCUGCUUGGCACGAAACCUGCCGGGUGCAAAGGAGAACUGCAUAGUGUUCAUUGAUUUGAGAAAUGGUAGCAUCCGUUAUAAUGAAUCAAUCCUUGUGUUUGACUUAAAAACCAAAAGGACUAGUAUUGCCUUUAGUGAAUGCAGAGGCUACAUGGGUGCAUUCGGAGCAAACCUUGAAUCUCUGGUAUCUUGUGGAGUUGUGACUAUACCAAACCCAGCAACAAGCACCUAUGAUUUAUUAAGUGAUUCCAACUGGCUCAAGAAAAAGAUUAGAAAAUCAUAA